CGUGAACGUGCUGCUGCCUAUCAGUCACUCAGUCGGCUGGGCUCGGAGUUGCUAUUUCUAGGCUUGUGCUUGUUGGGUCGGGGGUCCCCUCCCUAAUAGUCUCAGCUAUUAGUAUUUUUCUUUAGUAGUGGCAAAGGUGGGCAAGCUGUCUACUACUGGAUCCCCUGAAAAGCUUGUAAACAUACUGCUGAAUCAGUGCAGAUAAGAACUUGGCACCCUUAAACAUGGGGGGAGGAAGAGAAGUUCUAGAAUUUCACACAAGUUGGAUAUUGUGUAAAUAGCCACAGAAGACUACCAAACAAGAUAAAUCGUUGUCUCCAAGUAAAAGAAAACCAAGAUCCAUGAGUGGGCAUCGGUCAACAAGGAAACGAUGUGGAGAGUCUCACCCAGAGUCCCCUGUGGGCUUUGGGCAUAUGAGUACUACAGGGUGUAUAUUAAAUAAAUUGUUUCAGUUACCAACACCACCACUGUCAAGACACCAAUUAAAACGACUAGAAGAACACAGGUAUCAGAGUGCUGGACGGUCCCUGCUUGAGCCUUUAAUGCAAGGAUACUGGGAAUGGCUAGUUAGAAGAGUACCCUCAUGGAUUGCCCCAAAUCUCAUCACCAUCAUUGGACUAUCGAUAAAUAUCUGUACAACUAUUUUGUUAGUCUUCUACUGCCCUACAGCUACAGAGCAGGCACCUCUCUGGGCAUACAUUGCUUGUGCGUGUGGCCUUUUCAUCUACCAGUCUUUGGAUGCUAUAGAUGGGAAACAGGCAAGAAGAACCAAUAGUAGCUCUCCUUUGGGAGAACUUUUUGAUCAUGGCUGUGACUCGCUAUCAACAGUUUUUGUGGUUCUUGGAACUUGUAUUGCAGUGCAACUUGGGACAAAUCCUGACUGGAUGUUUUUUUGCUGUUUUGCUGGGACAUUCAUGUUCUAUUGUGCACAUUGGCAAACAUACGUUUCUGGAACAUUGAGAUUUGGAAUAAUUGAUGUGACUGAAGUGCAAAUCUUCAUAAUAAUCGUGCAUUUGCUGGCAGUGAUUGGAGGACCACCUUUUUGGCAAUCUAUGAUUCCAGUGCUGAAUAUUCAAAUGAAAAUUUUUCCUGCACUUUGUACUGUGGCAGGGACCAUAUUUUCCUGUACAAAUUACUUCCGUGUAAUCUUCACAGGUGGUGUUGGCAAAAAUGGAUCAACCAUAGCAGGAACAAGUGUCCUUUCUCCUUUUCUCCAUAUUGGAUCAGUGAUCACGUUAGCUGUUAUGAUCUACAAGAAGUCAGCAGUUCAGCUGUUUGAAAAGCAUCCAUGUCUUUAUAUACUGACAUUUGGUUUUGUGUCGGCUAAAAUCACUAAUAAGCUUGUGGUUGCACACAUGACGAAAAGUGAAAUGCAUCUGCAUGACACAGCAUUCAUAGGUCCAGCACUUUUGUUUCUGGACCAGUAUUUUAACAGCUUCAUUGAUGAAUAUAUUGUACUUUGGAUUGCCCUGGUCUUCUCUUUCUUUGAUUUGAUUCGUUACUGUGUCAGUGUCUGCAAUCAAAUUGCAUCUCACCUGCACAUACAUGUCUUCAGAAUUAAAGCCUCUGCAGCACACACUAAUCAUCACUAAUGAUGUGGUUGGGGGUCUGUUAAGCUCAUGUUUUCUGCAGGAAAGAAUCCAAACAUGUUAAGGAGAAUGGGAGUGAAUGAGGACAAAUGUAAUUUAUAAUAAUCAAUGUUAUAUAACUUUCAUUCUUUGUCACUGGUAACACUCCCUAACUGUCCUGUUGAGAAUGGGAAUUCCAGGUCCCAUCCUGUAAACUGAACAAGUUGUUAAACAGGGUUUGGCUCCAGAAAGCAUGCAGGGAAAAUGCCAUGUGUUUGUGAUUAUCCUGAAUUCAGACUAACAUGGUCAGAGGAGCACAUCCCCAGUGGUGGUGAGUCUAUUGUAAAAUUUUUGCAGGCCAAAAGAUGGUUGCUCUAUAAUUUUAACAAAUCAUCAUCUUUUAGUAACACCUUGUUUAUUGUCUUCUCAGACUUUCUUUUGUAAGGAGCUCAGCUUGUGACAUACAUCCUACUAGCUUGUGAGGUGAGAGCAGUGAUAAAGACCUUAAAUUUGGAUGGAAAAGUUUCCUGUCUGUUCAUUGUUGAGGAAGUGAUUUUAUUAUUGAUCAAGAAAUGGUGUUUCUCACGGGCUUGGGAAAUCUUGCUAGCAUGCAGAUAAUGUGGUAACUUUGUCAAUCCAUUUUAUUUUUUUAAAUAAAUAUAUGAUCUCAGAGCCA